CUGUCAUCUGAGUUUGACGGCCAUGGUUUCUACGACAAGCUACUUCUCAAAAUAUCAUAUCAUUGAUACAAUAUGUUAGGACUUUCUAGAUUAAUCUCAAAUUAAGCUCUCAUCAAUGGCUGAUCUCAAUGUCGAAGUUGAGGAAUCAAAACCCCAAGAUCAGGAACAGGAACAGGAACAAAGCCCUCUGCUUAUCGCAGAUCAAACCCACCAACACCAACAGCAAGAAAAUCAAGAACAUCGCGGUGAAGAUGAUCAUGACACCCAUUUGGAUAAAACCCUUCAACGCUUAGACUCAUUACUCACUCUGCUGGGCUUCAACCAAUCCUCUGUUUUCAGCUUUGGGCUUUCUUGUGUCGUGUUUCUGCUGAUUGGGGUGUCUCUUCCUGUCGUUGUACUUGUGUUAUCCGAUUGCUCGAAUUGUGAAGAGUAUCAAAUUAAAGCAUUUGAGAUAGAUGUUGUUGUUUCACAGGCUUUUUUGGCUGCUGCGUCUCUGCUUUGCCUUUCACACAAUCUGCGAAAGUAUGGUAUCAGGAAAUUUCUAUUUGUCGAUCGGUACAGUGGCCAUGUUGAGCGGUUUGCUAACGAAUACAAUCAGAAAAUUUGUGUGAGUUGUAUUGAAUACUCUUUAUUUUCCCCCUAUUGGAAAGAAACACAAUGUAUAAGACAUGAUGUUUUGGAGAUGGUGUCUGGGGAGUACUCACAGGUCUCCUCUGUUGUUCAGGUUGUGGGGAUACUUCUUUGCCUGAAUGCUGCUGCAAAAAUUUCCCAUAGAGCCCAAGGCAUUGCAUCACUAGCAAGCAGAUGGCAUGCAUUAGUAACAUGCAGCUCCAGUGAUACAUCUCAGUUGUUAGCUUCACAUAGUAUGGAAAACAUGGAGGCUUUGUUGCAUAUGAACAACUCUGAAAAUGAUUUGGAGUCUUUAAAUUUCGUAGCAGUGCCUACGAAUACACAAUUGGCUUCUUAUAUGUCGUCAUACCACAAGAGACAAGCCCUGGUGAUGUAUUUGCAGACCAAUCCUGGGGGAAUAACGAUAUUCGGAUGGACGGUCGAUCGAGUGAUGUAUUUGCAGACCAAUCCUGGGGGAAUAACGAUAUUCGGAUGGACGGUCGAUCGAGGUCUAAUAAAUACAAUCUUCUUCAUUGAACUCUCACUGGUUCUAUUUGUGUUCGGGAAAACUGUAGUUUUUGCUUCAGAAUGA